UUCAUGUAGUACUGUGUGAAAUCAAACAAAAAGUUGUGUGUUUUUUAUUGUUUAUUAGUCUCUUCUGCUCCUUAAUUAUUUUCUUUACAAGAAAUGGCUACUGGAAUGCUUCAUGCAGAAAUAGAUGUCAAAUCUCAUGCAGAUAAGUUUUGGGCAUCCCUUAAGGAUUUCAUCCAUAUUUACCCAAAGGCCUUCCCUCAUAAUUACGAAAGCGUUGAAGUUUUGGAAGGUGAUGGCAUUCAGCCUGGUUCUGUGAGACUCGUUAAAUAUGGCGAAGGUUCUUUGAUAGUAAAAGUUUCGAAGGAAAAGGUCGAGGUUGUUGAUGAUCCCAAGAAGAUAUUUGGUUUUAGUGUGAUAGAUGGAGAUCUGCUAAAGUACUACAAAAGUUUCAAGUCCAGCGUUCAAGUGGUUCCCAAGGAUGAAGGAAGUUUACUGAAAUGGAGCUGUGAGUAUGAGAAGACUGCUGAUGAUAUUCCUGACCCAACAGUCGUCAAGGAUUUUGCUGUUAAGAGCUUCAAAGAGCUGGAUGACUACAUUGCCAACCAGGCAUAGAAUAAUCACUAGCUAGCUACCAGUACUAUAUAUAUAUAUAUAUAUCAUAUCACCAUGUAUGUAUGUGGGACUUUGAAUAAAUUAAAGUACUAUAGCGAUGGUCUAUUUUAUUAAUUAGUAUCGUCAUCGUUCACCAUCUAUGUAUGGAAUUAAGAUGAUCGAUUAUGGUAAUAUAAUAAUAAUAAUUUUGUAUGAGGCGUUACUGGUUUUGAUUAUAUAAUCUUUUUAUGCUUA